AUGGAAAAGGUAUAUAAUUACGACGACUAUGAGGGUAAUCGACAGCGACGUAAGCUCUGCAGCGUGAUCAAUCCUGCUUCUCUGGACGAGAUCAGCGGUAUAGCUAUCAAUGGGUCCGCUGUGCAGCGCGAGGUUUGCGCCCUCGCCGCGAUUGAUUUCGCGAGUCCUAGUCUGAGUGCUCCUGUCAUCAGUGGGAAUCAGGCUGGUGUUUCGUACCUUGCGACUGCGCUCUUCGCCGUGCAGGUCGCUGGGAACUAUGCUGGUGGACCGAACCUCGCAGCGCUGUGCUCUGAGAUCGAAGCGACGCUUAUAGACAAUAUCUCCAUCGAUUACAUCCCCUUUGUUGGCACGGCCGUCAAGGACUACGUCUGCAGCGUAGCCGCUGUCUCUGCCUCUGCAUCCGCAACGUCGACAGCAACCGCAUCUACGACCCCACCUCCAUACCCUCAAAACACCACCACAACCAUCACCCCACCUCCAUGCCCUCAGAACACCACCACAGCCACCACCAUUGGGCGUGGACAGGACAUGUAG